AUGGCCGCUGAAUCUCAGCCAGCACAAAAGCGCCCACGCCUCCCUUUCAAACCUCCCAGUCGCACAGCUGCCACUGCGGGGCCAUCAUCCGCGCCUAAGACCAAAGGCAAAGCCAAACAAACUAGCACGAAAGCACCCACAUCCACCUCAAAAGCAUACAAAGGCAAAUCUACAGCUGCUGAAAAACGUCCCCGUGCCGAAUCUCCCCAAUCCGAUGCAGCCUCACAAUCCGGUUCAGAGUCUGGAUCUGAUGAAUCGAGCAAAAGUCGCUCGCGCUCCGUCUCUCAGGAACCGGAUUACAUUCUCGCUGAAAUUACACAUUCAAAUCCGGUGGAAGAUGUAACUUCUAGUGAACCGACGAUACCUUCUAAAUUGCUCACACGGCUGUUACAUCAACAUUUCCAAAACGAGAAAACGAAGGUUGCCAAAGAUGCCAAUGGCGUCGUGGCGAAAUACGUUGAUGUCUUUGUGCGGGAGGCUAUCGCUCGAGCUGCAUAUGAGAGGGCAGAGACGGAUGGAAAUUCUGGCGGCAGACGUGUUGGGGACGGUUUCCUUGAGGUCGAAGACCUGGAGAAGAUGGCACCACAACUUACGAUGGAUUUCUAG